GAAAGUUGCAGACAUCAGUGUUGUGUGUGUGGCCGGCCCCGUGUGUUUGUGUUUUCACACUGUGCUCAAGAUAAAGCACUGUGGAGGACUUGCGCUCAAGAGUAUGGUCCAACUGUCCACCUCAGUCUACCUGCUGGGAGGCCUUUUGGGCCUGUUUCUGCCGUCACCUGUCCUGAUGGCGCCGACACCAGCCAGCAUGUGCACCCCCUUGAGGACGCUCAACGACAGCCUCAGCCACAGGCGGCGCUACAUGAAGCACAACUUCCCCAUCAACUACACCAUCAGGGUUCAUCAUAAGGAAAUCUUUAAACUGUCAGACAUCAACAGAAUGAGGCUACAGGUGGAGCAGUUGGAUGCCCUGGUUCUCCAGCGGUUGUGGUUCCAGGUCAACCAAGGCGUGUUAAAAAAGAUCAUCCGAGUGAUGCCGAAGAGACAUCCUUCACGGCCGUACACCACGGAGUUGGAAAGACGCUUUAGGGAUGCAGAGGGGGUCUUUGUACAGUCACAUCCCACCGAGGUGUUUCAGCGGGAGCUUCCAGAGACGAUCCAGGACACUUGGGAUCAUUUAACAGAGGAGACCGACAGAGUGCCGGAGUCCAGCUGGCGGUUUGCUCCCCCGAAGUUACUUCUGGACAACUUCUGCCACACCAUGCACUGCCUCUUCAGCGAGUGCUUCGCCGGCACAGAAGCGCAGCAGCACUACUGCGUUGUUUCCCAUUUGAGGAAAGGCAGACAGACAGUCUUGCAUACCGAGAGCUGAGAAGAGGCCCGUGGGUCCAAG